UGCCUUCUUGGGGGGGCCCUUAUGAAAAAUAAAAACUUCUAACAUGCAUCAUCAAGAAUAACAACAUUGUUUUUAGCCCUUCUUAUCUCCUCACUCCCAAAUAUCCUGUUUCUUUGAGUUGCGGUGGCCAGGACCAAUAGAAACCGCUUCCUGCUAUUGGCUGACUUCACUUCCCAACGUUAGCACAAUCUCAUCCGCUCCAAACAACGCAUAGUGGAACCUCAACUAGCUUGCUAUCCAGAAAAAAAAAUUCAUAAAAAAUUACAGUUUUUGGUUUUACCAGGACUUAAAGGUCCUGAAGAGAUAUGGCUAGUACUAUAAAGGAAGCUUUGUCCGUGGUGAGUGAGGACCAGUCGCUGUUUGAGUGUACCUACGGAACGCCUCACCACGCCAAGGCGGAGAUGACGGCGGCAGCAGCCAGCGAGUACAGCCAGGCAGCUAAGAUGAGCCCCAGGGUGCACCAGCAGGACUGGCUGUCCCAGACGUCCACACGCGUCACCAUCAAGAUGGAAGGCAACAGUGGACACGUCAACGGCAGCAGGAACUCUCCUGACAACUGCAGUGUGGGGAAGAACGGGAAGCUGCCCAGCGGAGUGGAGGGCACAGUCCCUGUCACCUACAGCAGCUACCUGGAGGAUAAGCACAUCGCUCCCCCCAACAUGACCACCAACGAGCGGCGCGUCAUCGUUCCUGCAGACCCCACCCUCUGGUCGACGGAGCACGUGCGCCAGUGGCUGGAGUGGGCAGUGAAGGAGUACGGCCUGCUGGAGGUUGACGUGGCUCUCUUCCACAACGUGGACGGCAAGGACCUGUGUAAGAUGAGCAAGGAGGACUUCCAGAGGCUCACGCUCAGCUACAACGCAGACAUCCUGCUCUCCCACCUGCACUACCUCAGAGAGACUCCACUUCCUCACUUGACUUCCGAUGAUGUUGACAAAGCCUUACAAAACUCCCCGCGGUUAAUGCAUGCUCGCAACACAGGGGGUGCAAGUUUUAUUUUCCCCAACACUCCUGUCUAUCCCACAGAUACCUCCCCCAGAGUUUCCCAUCGUCCAGACCUGGCAUAUGAAGCUGCAAGACGAUCUGGAUGGGCUCCACAAGCUGUGUCUUCCACCAAAGGUUCCCAGACCUCGCCAGCCAUUGUCACCAAAACAGAGGAGCAGAGACCUCAGCUCGAUCCUUACCAGAUCCUGGGUCCCACAAGCAGCAGGCUGGCAAACCCUGGCUGUGGCCGGGACUCAAACAAACCGCAGUCUGCCGACAUCGCACUACUCUUGAGCUUCAAAGGCUCAGGACAGAUCCAGCUGUGGCAGUUCCUCCUGGAGCUCCUGUCAGACAGCGCCAACUCCGGCUGCAUCACCUGGGAGGGCACCAACGGUGAGUUCAAGAUGACCGACCCCGACGAGGUGGCGAGGCGCUGGGGCGAGAGGAAGAGCAAGCCUAACAUGAACUACGACAAGCUGAGCCGCGCCCUGCGCUACUACUACGACAAGAACAUCAUGACCAAGGUGCACGGCAAGCGCUACGCCUACAAGUUUGACUUCCACGGCAUCGCCCAGGCCCUGCAACCCCACCCGCCAGAGUCCUCCAUGUACAAGUACCCCUCCGACCUGUCCUAUAUGAGCACCUACCAUGCACACCAACAGAAGGUCAACUUUGUCACUCCUCAUCCCCCAGCGCUGCCUGUCACCUCCUCCAGCUUCUUUGCUGCUCCCAAUCCCUACUGGAACUCUCCCACCGGGGGCCUCUACCCCAACACCCGGCACCCAGCCGCCCACAUGCCCUCCCACCUGGGCACCUACUAUUAGAUCUGCCUGGGGGAGGGCGUCUUGCUACCGCAGGACAAAACAGGAAUAAGGGGCAAACAAAACGUGCUUCCGUUUGAGAAGUGUCGGAAUCAAAAGAAAAAUGGGUCAGGAUCAAUGAUAAAGGACUAAUGUUGAGGUAGGGAAUCAGGAAUGAGACUUGGGGUACAUUGGUGCAUCGCCACAGCGUGGUGUCGGCUUAAGUAUUUAGGUUGCUAUAAACACGCUGUAAGCAGAGCGCAAACCCGUCGGUCAAAGUCGACUCAUUUGAAAGCUAAACCUAUCCACAGCUCUUCUGCAAAAAGAUUUAAAAGGACUCAUUUAGUAUGUGUAAAUACUAGCACCUAGUCAUGACAAAUAUAACAAUAAAUCCAAACAACAAAAGAUGAUUAGAUCCGGAAUGAAACUGCAUUUAAACUGCGCUUAGAUGAUAGUCACAAUAAUGAGUCCUACUAAACUUGAGAAUUUAAACAAGCGCUUUCUGGUCAGUAAUCUGGAUACGUCUCACAAUUUUCAGUACCAGAGGCCUAUGUUAGUAACCUGAUCAAAUAGGAAAAUAUAUGAAUGCUAAAUACAAAUGGUAACUAUAUAUAUUGAUAUAUAUAGCCUAUUAAAAUAUCUUUAAAAUAUGUAUUUUCUUCCCAUCAACUCACUGCCCAUACACACCCCCAUGUCACAGGUAAAUGGAUGAAGAUACAAGACAACUUCUCACUUAAUGUAUAUAUUCUUUUGUAGCCUGGUAAUUUGAAUCAACAACAACUGAAAAGGGUAUAACAAUGGCCUAAAGAAAUCCAUAUUGUCCCAUUAUAUCAGCUAAUUUCAUGUUUCCACCAAUGAUAAUGUUGGAAUGGUUUCUAAGGCUCUGAGCCGAGAGUCUGCUGCAAAACAUAGAACCCUACCAACCCAGCCAAAAUGCACGAAGAACCAACACAGAACAGGGAACAUAGCUGCUUUGGUUGGCUACAACAGGACCUAUUCUCCCACUAUUCUUUUCCCCACGCAACGCUGGACAUUUGAUACGCCAAUGUAUUUCCACCCUAAGUCAAGGGCAUUAGCAGGUGAGGAACUCAAGGUUUGAAGGAUUGAGAGGAGGGCUACGGACGUGUUGCUAUGCGACAACAUGGGAGGGAAAACUGUAAAUGUAAAAAAAGGUCACAGAGGAUGUUGUAAAAAAAGGUCACAGAAGACGUUAUUGUAACCAAGGGCAUUGUGCGAUAUGUCGUUUCUAAAAACAGUGAAAGAAAAUCUUAGUGUAGAUCACAGGUGGCAAAUGGGUUCCACGGAGGGCCAGGUAUCUGCAGGUUUUGUUGCUGUGCUUGAUUGAUUAAUUAGGUCAAUAAUCAGUAAAGGAUCUCUCCUCAACUGUUUGUCUUGGUCACCAGUCCGUCCGUGGAAUCGGUCUCACACUUGUGGUGUUGACAUAAAAGGGAAUAAGCAGUGGAUUAUAUUACAUGAUACUCCUUGUAAGGGGCGAUAAGUAUACCAAAAAAUACAAUAGCUGCAUGAACAGUUUCUUAGGGCAGGAUUCAGUUUGUAUCGCAGAAUCAUUACAAAUGUAAUGAUCAAAAUGAAAAAGGAAAUUUAUGUUUACCCAGAAUGCAUUCUCAGCUGAUGAAAUUCAGCGCUACAUAUUGAAUCCAGCUCUUAUUAUAUAUGUUUUGAAUACCUUAUUUAAUGAAGCAAACAUAUCAAAGACUGUAAAGAAGGGGCGGGAUAAGGGGAAUUUGGGUAAGGAGAGGGUUGUGGUGUGACAGAUGAGGACUCCCUUCAGAGUACACAGAGGAAGAGAGGGCACCUGAACUUGGCUGUAGUAAACUGUGAAACAGGCACCAGCAGGAAACACCUUGGGUAGACGUGUGCUAGAUGAUCACCUCGCGUGUUCAUGGACGGGCUCACGGACUGUUUCUGACCAAGGGUGGGGCCACAUCAGAGAGGACCGCAGAUCAUAAGACACUGAAAUAUGUGAAAAGUAUUAUUCCUUGGAUAUAAACUGCCUUAUGCCUAAUCAGUAUCAUUAUAGUACAUACUAGUGCAUAUGGCAUAAUUAAACUUAAAGGGGAGCUUUUUGUUACUUGACUGUUAUUCUUAAAGAGAGUGCCUUGAAAACAAUUAAUCUGUGUUUUGGAUUUUUUUUGAAAAACUGGAAUUAAGCAACAUUCGUAAAAUAUUGUGUGUGACCUCAAAUCUUUUUGGAUGGAAGGAGUUUUCUUGACCAGUGCCUUACCACAGAAACUCACAGUUUAGUUGAAGAGACUUUACAAAAUGCCAAUUUUGUGUUAUUGUUUUUCUGAGUCGCGAACGCUGUGCGUUUGUUAGAUUGAAGUAUACAAGUCAGUGUUAUAUUUGUUUUUAUAUGAUAAAUGUAUAACUAAUACAUUCAUACACUACGAGUUGAUCUCAGCCAGCCAAAGACACAAUGUUUUAUUAUAGAGAUAGUGACAAAACAGAAGUCUUUGAAAUGGACCAAAUCAGGCAGUGAACAAUUAAAAAACAAUUGUGGCCUGAACAUUAAGCUCUGUAUAUGUUUACAACAUAAACUAUAUAUACUAAUAUAAAACUGAUUUUGUGUUGGCCAGACAUGCCAUUUCAGACCAGGCGUGCCAUUUCAGACCUGUUCAGUAUUAUUUUAUGGGAUGCAGGCUUGGGUAAAACACCUAUGCCAGCCUUAUCAGCUGGGAAACAGGACUGAGAUACUGAGAUUUUUGACUUAAAGGGACGAUUAAAAUGAUAUGCUUACUUGGAUAGAUUUUCUACUGUGUCCUUUCUAAUAAAGUAUUUUCCACCAAUUUGCUGUCCACUUGUCUU